UUUAGUUUAAUUAGUUUGUUCUCGAUGACAACUGCCACAAACAGCUGAGCUGAGAAUAACGCAAAAAGUGGGUAAACAAAGAACGAUCGUGGUCGUUCGGUCGGUCUCGUUCGCUGAAGAAGUCGUAUUUCUAAGUUAAUUCGUACCUAGAACAAUGACGUGGGAACACCUGGAACGAGGGAGCUCGCCCGUCGAUUGGUGUGAAGGAAAUUAUCUCGUGUCCCCGGACAUUGCGGAAUUUGUGAAUACGAUAAGCAACGUUUUGUUCCUGCUCGGUCCACCGUUUUUAAUUUAUUUGUUCAAAGAUUAUGGGAAGUUUAUACAACCCGCCAUUCAUCUCAUUUGGGUGCUGUUGAUCGUCGUUGGCCUAUCCUCGGCUUACUUUCACGCCACGCUGAGUUUGCUGGGGCAGCUGCUAGAUGAGUUGACGAUUCUGUGGGUUUUUAUGGCCACGCUGAGCCUGUUCUGUCCCAGGCGUCACUUUCCGCGGAUCUUCAAACGAUCAAGAAAACGCUUCUGUGUAUCAAUGACGCUAUUUUCUAUCGCUGCCACUGCGCUUUCAUUCUAUCAUCCGGCCAUCAAUGCGUUCGCGCUUAUGUUUCUAGCCGUGCCGGCCACUUACCUGCUUUAUAAGGAAUUAAAAAUUGUUCAAGAUAAACGCGUGUAUCGGCUCGGCGUGAGAAACACCACCAUUUUGAUGAUCGCUAUCGUUUGCUGGAUCAACGAUCGCAUUUUCUGUGACACGUGGUCGUCGAUGAACUUCCCCUAUCUGCACGGCUUCUGGCACAUACUGAUCUUCAUUUCGGCCUAUCCGGCGUGUGUGUUGUUUGCGUACUUUUUCGUCAACGACGAAUGCCCAGAAAGUCGCCCCACGCUGAAAUAUUGGCCACGGAAUGAUUUCGAGCUCGGCAUACCGUAUGUCUCCAUAAGCUACGGCAAGAAACGCGAUGAUGAAAUUUAAAAUGCAGACAACUGCAGAUACAGAGCUUCUCUACGCAUGCCAAAAAACACAGACACUUCAUUGCCUGUCCACGACCGCUGGACAUUGAUAGCGGCAACGAAGGCUGUUAUGAAUCUCAUAAAACUACUAAAGCUCGUAAGUGUAAAAUAAUUUCUUUUAGUCGUGAAAGGUUGUGAAGUAUUUAAAAGGUUAUUGCAGUAAAAGAGUUUAUUGGAUAUUUUAAGCUUGUUUAAAACCGGUUUGCACGAACCCAGCAUUGAGGAGCAGUAUAGAUUUUGUUUUUGAGUAAUAUCAGCGCCAUGGCACACAACUCGUCAAUGGGGCAAGAUUUUUAACCGUCUGGGAAACAAUAAAAUCAAAAG